AUGUAUAUGAACCUGGAUAAAGCGGCUGUGCUUCAAGAUGCUCGGCUGUUCAACGCAAACCAACCAAGCCCCCGUAAAUGUAUCCAAAUUCUGACGAAAAUUUUGGUCCUUUUUACGCGGGGCGUGAAACUGAACCGUCAGGAGGCGACAAACACCUUUUUCGCCAUUACAAAACUUUACCAGUCACCUAAUCAAAGUCUCAGAAAACUCUUGUAUCUUGUCAUCAAAGAACUAUCACCAUUCGCGGAUGAUGUUAUUAUUUUAACGAGCAGUCUCACCAAGGAUAUGACAGGAUCUGAGACAGCUUUCCGGGCCCCGGCAAUCCGAACUUUGUGUAAAAUAACUGACCCUUCCAUGAUACAAGCUAUUGAGCGCUACCUAAAGCAAGCGGUUGUAGACAAAUCGCAACCAAUUGCGUCUGCUGUACUGGCUUCCGCCUACCAUUUGAUGCGAGUAUGUCCUGACGUUAUUCGUCGGUGGUCCAAUGAAAUCCAAGAAGCUGUCACUGGGCAUCGGAACAUGGUCCAGUAUCACGCCCUAGGACUUCUUUAUCAGAUUCGUCGAAACGACCGACUUGCCGUUCAAAAGCUCAUUCAAAAAUCGUUACAGUCACCUCGGCGGUCCAGUUACGCCAACUGCUUGAUGAUCCGGAUUGUUGCUCGCCAAAUCGAAGAGGAGGGUGUCCAGGACAACCGUAAUCUACUCGACUUCCUGGAGUCAAUGAUGCGAGACAAAUCGGAAAUCGUAAUCUACGAGGCGGCCAGGGCCAUAAUUAGUCUCAGCGGCUUGACCUCGAAGGAGCUGACCCCUGCGGUUAACGUGCUACAGCUCUUCUGUUGUUCUCACAAGUCUUCCCUGCGUUAUGCGGCAGCCAAGACACUCAACACCAUCGCGACACGCCAUCCUGCCGUUGUUGCUACUUGUAAUGUCGAUCUGGAAACCAUGAUCUCUGAUAGCAAUAGAAGUAUCGCCACACUGGCCAUUACAACGCUACUGAAGCACAUCUGUUCCUUCAUGGCGGACAUCACAGACGAGUUCAAAGUUGUGGUGCUGGAGUCCAUUCGUAUGCUCGCGGCCAAAUACCCGCGAAAGUAUAGCGUGCUGCUUAAUUUCCUAUCCGGUCGUCUGCGAGACACUGCCGGCUACGAAUUCAAGAAGGCCGUUGUUAGCGCCAUGGAGUCCAUCAUCACAGAGAAUCCAAAUGCCAAGAAUCUGGGUCUGCUGCAACUGUGCGAAUUUAUCGAGGACUGCGAACACGAGAGACUGACACAACGCAUCCUCUACCUCCUCGGUCGCGAGGGUCCCUUCCUAAAACGUCCUCGGCAGUUCAUUCGCUUCAUCUAUAACCGCAUUCUGCUGGAGUCGGCAGCCGUCAAGUGCACGGCCACCACGGCGCUGGCUAGGUUUGGUGCUCAUUGUGAGGACCUUUUGCCCAGCGUGCUUGUCCUGUUGGAACGCGUCAUGCACGAUGAUGAUGACGAGGUGCGGGACCGUGCGGCAUUUUACCAUAACGUGCUCUCCUCCAAAGAUCGCUCCCUCAUACAGACCUAUAUCCUGCAAGAUGAGUUACGCAUAAAUGUGGCUGCCAUGGAGCGGGCCCUCAAGGAUUACCUACAGGCAACGCCCGCCGAGCAGGAGAAGCCCUUCGACCUGGCCUCCAUGCCCAUCGAGGAACCCCCGGCUGCCGCUGCAGCCACAGCCCUCGGCGACUCUGCCACGGCUGGUUUAUUUGAUAAUUCAAAGGAAGCCCAGAAGGGUGCGUCUUUUCCCAUGCUUUCAUUUCUCCUACCUCUGACAAGUACAGUACAUGUCGAAGUUUGCGACAUAUUGAUAAUUACUCGCAAACCGGCAUUACGAAAACGUAGAAGUAAUCAUGAACAACCUUAG